AUUGUUUUGGCGUUUCCUUAUACACAUACAUCUUUUGGAGUAUCGCCGAUUAAAAACAACAAACAUCUUGACAGUCGACACGUUUCUGGUGUCUGGUCAUCAUGACUCACUGGUUCCACAGAAACCCUCUGAAAGCCACCGCCCCAGUGUCCUUCAAUCUGUAUGGCGUGGCAUCCAGCCCUGCGGCCAAUAAGAUCUGCAAUGACCUGCGAACAGCACGCGCUCGACUGCUGGACAUGUUCACAGAUGCCACAUGUUCUCCAGACACCCUGAAGAAAUCCAGCGAUGAGUAUUUUGCUCUUUUACAGGGUUUCAUUUUACCGCUUGAUGGCACUACGCAAGAGAACAAGCUCAGAUUCAUCCAGAAUUUCAAAUGGACCGACACUUUACAGGGAAAUAUAGCCAGUGCGCAGCAGGAUGCCGUGUUUGAGCUGGUGUCUAUGGCCUUUAAUGUGGCCCUGUGGUACACCAAGUUUGCCUCUCGAUUGGCUGGAAAGGAGAACAUCACUGAGGAGGAGGCCAAAGAUGUUCACAAGAGUUUGAAAAUUGCUGCUGGGAUAUUUAAAACCCUUAAGGAGACUCAUAUUCCUCGGCUCAUCACUCCAGCAGAGAAGGGUCGAGAUCUGGAGCCGCGAGUUAUCGACACGUACAUCGUCCAGAGUCAAGCAGAGGCUCAGGAAGUGACCAUCGCCAGAGCCAUUGAGCUGAAGCACAAUGCCUCCCUCAUUGCAGCGCUGGCCUUCGAGACUGCCAACUUCUACCAGAAAGCCGAUCACACUCUGAACACUUUGGAUCCAGAAUGCAGCAGUAAAUGGAAGAAAUACCUGCAGCUGAAGCAGCACUUCUACAUGGCUUACGCUCACUGCUAUCAUGGACAGACUCUUCUAGCGGGCGAUAAAUGUGGAGAGGCCAUAAGAUCCCUGCAGGAAGCUGAGAAAUGUUACUCUCGCGCUGAAGUCUUGUGUAAAGAGUACCGUCAGAUGAAGGGUCCCGGCAGCACCGCCAAACCCUCCGAACAGCUCUUCUUCAAGAAACUGGGCGCCGUCAUCAAGAACACCUUGGAGAAAUGCCAGAGAGAGAACGGCUUCAUAUACUUCCACAAGGUUCCGGCUGAAGCUCCGGCUCUGGAGUUGAAGGCCAGUUAUGGUUUGGCUGAACCCACUGCGUUCGAGCUCCCGCCGCUCAGCGCUCAGUGCACCCCUGAAGUCUACGCCACCUUUGACCUGACCAGAGGACACAAAGACGACAAGGCGAAAGCGAAGCCUGAAGAGGAGAUCAAGCCGGUGAAAGAACCAGAUCUAAAGCCGCAGAAGGACACAGGCUGCGUUGUCUGUUAAAACAAACACACACACACACACACACACACUGAUCAUAUAUACCUAUAUAACAUAGUAAAAUAACAGUGGCGUCCAUCUUGUGCUGGGAUUCUGUUUAAGGUUUUUCCUCCACAAACAAAUGACGAAUUGAUGAAGAAUUAACUCUAAUCAGCCAGACUCGAUCUGAUUUGCACUGAUGAUCUCUCUGUAGCAAAACAGCCCAUUUUAGCCACACUGUUAGG